AUGCUGUAACAAGUCUGAUUCACACGUUUGGAAUAUUUACUUCACCUUUUAGCUCACCAGAAGCUUCAUCUGAAACUUGGUGAAUGUGGCGGAACGUUGCCAUGUUGUGACGGGAGGCACGGACAUUUUCGUUCGACUCGCGUCUAUGGUGUCCCUCAUGGAGGCUUCCACCAAGCCGGGCAGCAACCAGGUGGCUGAUGUGGUCUUUGUUAUUGAGGGCACAGCCAAUUUGGGGCCCUACUUUGAAUCCCUCAGGAAGAAUUACGUACUUCCAGCUAUUGAGUAUUUCAAUGGAGGACCCCCAGCGGAAACAGACUUUGGAGGCGAUUACGGGGGGACUCAGUACGGCCUGGUGGUGUUCAACACGGUGGACUGUGCCCCCGAAUCGUACGUGCAGUGUCACGCUCCCACCAGCUCGGCUUUCGAGUUUGUCUCCUGGAUCGACAGCAUCCAAUUCAUGGGGGGCGGAGCAGAGAGUUGUAGUCUUAUUGCGGAAGGGCUCUCAGUAGCCUUGCAGCUCUUUGACGACUUCAAGAAGAUGCGGGAACAAAUAGGUCAGACACACAAAGUGUGCGUCCUGCUGUGUAACUCUCCGCCGUACCUGCUUCCGGCCGUGGAGAGCGUCAGCUACACAGGCUGCACCGCCGACAACCUCGUCAAGAUCAUCAGAGACAGAGGAAUCCACUUCUCGGUGGUGGCCCCCAGAAAGCUGCCUGCCCUGAGAGCUCUGUUUGAACGGGCGUCUCCAGUAGGGGGCGUUGUGGAGCCUCAUCCAGACUACAGCCCAGACAUGGUGUUGGUCAGGGGCAUUUCACUGCCUGUGUCAUCGGCCGGAGGUCCCGGGCCUAUGAAGCCUGUCUUGCCGCCUCAGCCGCUGACUGUCAAUCAGCCUAUGGUCGGGGGCCCACAAGCUCCUCCCCCCAUGAGCGCUGCACAUCCUUACCAGAAUCCACCAACCAUGACUGCUGCUCAGGUGGCUGCACAGAUGGUUGUGGAGGCAGCUAAAGGCCAGAAGAACCGAUUCGUAGAGAUGGUCAACGCGGGCCCGCCGUUCGCUGGCCAGCCGUCCAUUCCGUCGCUAUCGGGGGUGAAGCUCAACCAGCCCAACAUCUCCACCGUCACCACAGCCGCUCAGUCCAUGAUGCCGCAGCCGCCAGGCGCCCCCAACCAGCAACAAGCGGCGGUGCCGCCCGGCCAGCCACCGCCCAAUCAGCCACCUCAGCCACCCACUCAGCAGCAGCAGGCGCCUAACCAGCCUGCGCCGCCCGCAGGACAGCCCAACAUGUCGGGUGUGCAGGCACCACAAGGGAAUCCCAAUCCGAUGGGCCAGCAACAGGGCAUGGCCAACAAGAUUGUGGCAUGGAGUGGCGUGCUGGAGUGGCAGGAGAAGCCUAAAGCCGCCUCCUUGGAUCCCACCACCAAUCUAACACGCUCCCUGCCGUGUCAAGUGCAAGUUAACCAGGGCGAGAACCUCAACACGGACCAGUGGCCACAGAAGCUUAUCAUGCAGCUGAUCCCACAGCAGCUUUUGACGACGUUGGGGCCGCUCUUCAGGAACUCUCGAAUGGUUCAAUUUCUCUUCACCAAUAAGGACAUGGAGUCGCUCAAAGGCCUUUACCGCAUUAUGGCCAACGGUUUUGCCGGCUGCGUCCAUUUCCCGCACACCACAUCGCCAUGCGAGGUGCGGGUCCUCAUGUUGCUGUACUCGUCCAAGAAGCGCAUCUUCAUGGGCCUCAUCCCCAAUGACCAGAGUGGAUUUGUCAACGGCAUCCGUCAGGUCAUCACCAACCACAAGCAAAUCCAGAGUCAUCGCGCGUUGGGCGGCGGUGGUGGUCCAAUGCAGCCCGGUCAAGUUCCGCCCAACCAGAACUUCCUCAAUCGACCCCCUGGCCCCAUCCCUGUUUCCCAUGGCAACGUGCGGCAGCAGUCGGUGGUGGUGGGCAUGCCCCCUGUUAGUCAGGUCAAUAUGAUGGAGGAGCAGCAGAGGCAGAACAACAUGAUGAGCAUGAGAGCCGCCGGGCCCAACAGCCAGCAGCCGCCAGUCAGUGGGGCGCCGCCCAACCAGGUGACGCAAGGCGGCCAGGCUCCGCCCCAGGGCCCCAUCCUGCGCUUGGCCAACCCAGGGGCCAACCCGCAACUGCGCAGUCUCCUCCUCAGCCAGCAGCAGCCGCAGGGGAACGUGUCCCACAUGCCCGGGAUGAUGUCGCACCAGGGACUCGGCCAGCAGAUGGUUCACUCGGCGCCAGGGGCGGGCCCUCAAAUGCAGGCGCAGUGGCGGCAGCCCAUGCCAGGUCAAAUGCUGAUGUCUGGUGCUCAGCGGGGGGCCGUACCCCAACCCGGGAUGCCCCAAGUCUCCAGCGUAAUGGAGGACGAAAUCCUCAUGGAUCUCGUUUGAGGGUCAAAUCUUGGACUUACUUUAGCGCUUUUGGGACUCUUUUGUAUUUUGCUUUUUUUUUUGCAAACCUUGGACAUAAUUACAACAUGGAUGAUGAGCGGGACAGUGCGUGUGAAGCUAACGUGGGUUUGGUUUGCUCUCGCACGCAGGAAGUAGUAGCGAGGCUUCAGUAAUCAUGUCGAGGUGUUGAACAAUUAAAAUUUCAUAAAAUAAA